AUGGAUCCAGAAAACGCUUCAAAAAUCAUGGGUUAUAUACUGAUACAAGACCAAGGGGAGAAGGAGAUUUUGAGAUUAGCUUUUGGCCCUGAAGCACUUUUGCUAUCUUGCAUCAACCAAGCAAAGGCCUGUUUGGGGCUUCCUUCAAAUAGCCCUUCUUCUAACCCUUCAACUCCCUUGUCAGAUCCCAUGAGGCCUAACAACCCAUUUCCUCAAAAUAAGCCACGGAUUUUGAUUCCCAACUAUGGGUUACAUCCGAGUAACCCUUCUUCACCUGCUGCAGGUUUCUCAAGAAAUAGCCCAAGACCCAUUUCUUAUGCUGCUGUUGUCAAUGGUUCCAUUGGUACUAAUGAUAAUGAAAAUAGUGGUUCAGGGUCCUCAAGUUUGCCUUUUUAUGGUGGAAAUGAUUUUCCUGAUGAGUCUGUUGGGGAAAUGCAUCAUCAAGUUCAAGAGUUUUCAUUUAUUGAUGAUUCCAUGGUGGAUCCAAUAAUUAGUCCCAGUGGGAGGAGUGAUUCUCUGGGUUUCCCUUUUGGUGACGGCAUUCCUUCACCUCACCCACAUCCAUUUCAUAGAAGGAGUUGUUCAGUUAAUGAUGCCGCUCUUCUUUCUGGUUUUGAUGAUGGAAAUGGUAGGGGUGGCUGGAGGCCUUGCAUGUACUUUGCUAGAGGCUUUUGCAAAAAUGACAAUAGGUGCAAAUUCUUGCAUGCUGGUUUUGGCAGUGAAGGAAUUGAGGUGGGAUCCCCAAGCAAGAUGGAUUCAGGGCCAUUUGAUGAGUUCUUGAGAAUGAAGGCCCUUCAACAGCAGCAGAGGUUUGCACUCUCGCCUCCUGGGAGUCACCACCCACUUGCUUAUAUGAAAUGCCCCAACUUCUUGAAUGAACAUCAAAGAUCUGCUGCUGCUGCGCUGGUUAUGGGUGAAGAACGCCAUAAAUUUGGCCGUUAUCAACCUGAGAGGAAUGAUUUGUCAGCAAUGGGAUUUGUUGGAAAUGCAAAUUCAAGCGCCAGACAGAUUUACUUGACAUUUCCAGCUGAUAGUACAUUUAAGGAAGAGGAUGUUUCCAAUUACUUCAGUAUGUAUGGACCGGUGCAGGAUGUAAGAAUUCCAUAUCAGCAGAAAAGAAUGUUCGGAUUUGUUACAUUUCUCUACCCGGAGACUGUGAAGCUCAUUUUGGCUAAAGGGAACCCCCAUUUUGUGUGUGACUCCCGAGUGCUCGUGAAACCUUACAAGGAGAAGGGAAAAGUUCUAGAAAAGAAACAGCAGCAACAAAUGGAAAGAGGAGAGUUUUCUACUUGUUUAAGCCCGUCCGGACUUGAUUCCCGGGAGCAAUUUGAUGCCCCCUUUGGGUCGAGAAUGUUUUACAAUGCACAAGAGAUGAUGCUCCAGAGAAAAUUGGAGCAGGAGGCGGAAUUACAGCAUGCUAUUGAUCUUCAAGGCAGAAGGAUGAUGAACAUGCAACUGAUGGACCUGAAAAAUCAGCAUCACAAUAUUCAUUUCCUGUCGAACCUGUCGGCCAGCGCUCCAAUUGGCUCCCCGAUACAGUCUCAGUUACAAAUGAACCAAAAUCUCAUUCUUCAAUCUGAUGAUGCUAAUCAAGAAGUUUCAGAAGAAAUUAAUGGUAUCCAGGAAGCAGCUAAAUUUCCAUCCGUUGUAGCUGACGCUGAGGAGGAAGCAACCACAUUUGGCAAUAACAGUGCAAAUGCCAAUAAGGAGGAUCAAACCAAUACCGAAGAUGCUGAUCUUCUUGAAAGCUUGGAGCACAUCCUCCCCGAAAAUCUCUUUGCCUCUCCUACAAAACUAGCUGCUGAACAACAGUCGUUUUUUGCCUGUGGUUCAGCUGAUACAAAUGACGGUGCUAGAGCUGAGCAUGGCUGGCAAGGAGGGAUUAUUAUAGCUUGGAAAAGUAUGAGUAGCAUUUACAAAGAAGCCUUGGAUUUUGUUAUUAGUGAAGCAAAGAAGUACAAGAUAAGGCUCAUAUUAGCCCUGGUUGAUAACUGGAAAGCAUAUGGUGGCAAAUCACAGAAUGUCAAAUGGGGUAAAGCUGCUGGCCUCAAUUUGACUUCUGAUGAUGAUUUCUUCUCGCAUCCAACUCUCCAAAGCUACUACAAAGCCGAUGUUAAGAUGGUGCUAAACAGAGUCAAUACUUUCACAAACAUAACCUACAAGGAUGAUCCUACUAUUUUUGCUUGGGAACUGAUGAAUGAGCCAUAG